AUGCUGGACAAAUAUAGUGAACUUAUAGCAGUAAUUCUACCCCACAUCUCCAUCCACCCCACACCUCCAUCCACCCCACACCUCCAUCCACACAACAUCUCCAUCCACCCCACACCUCCAUCCACCCCACAUCUUCAUCCACUCCACAUCUCCAUCCACACCACACCUCCAUCCACACCACACCUCCAUCCACACCACAUCUCCAUCCACCUCACACCUCCAUCCACACCACAUCUCCAUCCACCCCACAACUCCAUCCACACCACAUCUCCAUCCACCCAACAACUCUAUCCACCCCACACCUCCAUCCACACCACAUCUCCAUCCACCCCACACAUCCAUCCACCCCACACCUCCAUCCACCCCACACCUCCAUCCACACCAAACCUCCAUCCACACUACAUCAACAUCCACACCACAUCUUCAUCCACCCCACAUCUUCAUCCACCCCACAUCUCCAUCCACCUCACACCUCCAUCCACACCACAUCUCCAUCCACCCCACAACUCCAUCCACACCACAUCUCCAUCCACCCAACAACUCUAUCCACCCCACACCUCCAUCCACCCCACACCUCCAUCCACACCACACCUCCAUCCACACUACAUCAACAUCCACACCACAUCUUCAUCCACCCCACAUCUUCAUCCACCCCACAUCUUCAUCCACCCCACAUCUCCAUCCACACCACAUCUCCAUCCACACCACAUCUUCAUCCACCCCACAUCUUCAUCCACUCCACAUCUCCAUCCACUCCACAUCUCCAUCCACACCACAUCUCCAUCCACCCCACAUCUUCAUCCACCCCACACCUCCAUCCACACCACAUCUCCAUCCACCCCACAUCUUCAUCCACUCCACAUCUCCAUCCACACCACAUCUCCAUCCACCCCACCCUACACCUCCAUCCACCCCACAUCUCGAUCCACCCCACACCUCCAUCCACCCCACAUCUCCAUCCACCCCACACCUCCAUCCACCCCACAUCUCCAUCCACCCCACACCUACAUCCACCCCACACCUACAUCCACCCCACACCUACAUCCACCCCACACCUACAUCCACUCAUGUCUCCACAUUACAGUCAAAACUGUAAAUUUCCUGAAUGUUUUCUUUAAUAUGUGUUUGUAUCCACUCAUGUCUCCACAUUACAGUCAAAACUGUGCCUGGGUGAGCUCACGUCCUUCAUUGAAAGCAUCCCAGCAGCCAUCGCACCAAAGUGUCAACAAUCUUUUGUCGUCCAGGGAUCGUACACUUUGGUUGGUGCACGGCUCAUCAUACACGAGUGCCACCUGCACAGCGGUUUUUGAGAGCUGGUCAGCCCUGUCGUGGCCAACCACGCCAUAG